AUGACGAGAAAGACCCGCAGCAGCACGCAGAAGGCAAACGAAGCGGCAAGCGCCAAGAAAGAGCCCGAUUCUAAGCGAGAAAGGUCUCUACGCGCCUGCACACGAUGUCGACAGCGAAAGCAGCGAUGCGAUAACGCACUACCGCACUGCAGCAACUGCCUUAGAGGCGGUGUCCCUUGCGAAUCCUUCCCAGUCAGUGCAGAGUCGCAGGAGGAGAUUCUACACCUUCACGAUCAGCUGCAGGAGAGUUCGCGACAGAUCGAUGCAAUCCAAGAGGAGCUCAGCAUGGCUCGUCUUGUUGUGCUUGACGAUCUCUCCCUUUUCAGCGCUCUGGUCGUCAAGAAGCUCACCGACGAUGCGCGUCAAGGCAACGUCGCAAGUCGACAGGCAAUCCAACAGAGCUCGAGUACGGGCAAUUUAAUGUACAUGAACAUCAGCCAUCUGCAAAACUCUCCUGUAGAGCUCUCAACCAUGGCUGACGUCAAGCCCAAAAUCAGCUUACCCAAGCCUUCUGGCGGCAAGAACAAGAUGCAGGGAGCUGGCGGCAAGCUUGACCUAUGCAAAGCCGUCGAGUUGCUCGAGAGUUGCUUUCCAGCAGUCGCUCCUGCUAUCACUUUUGCUGUGGAAAACCUUGUUCCAAAAGCCUCAUCAGGACGCUGGCCGACUCUUGUCGACAUUGCUUUACGGCUUCUUGGAUGCGACAUGCAAACAGAUUCGCACGUCACCACGCCGCAUGGCUACCCCGUCGACGCGCAAGUGUCUUUGAAAGACAUCGCCACCCAGCUCUUUGAAGCCACCGAUAUGACACGGGUUGCCGCGCUCAUGUUGUGGGCUCUGCUUGCCGUCGUCAAGAACAGACCGGAGGAGCUUGUUCGUCUUGACAAUGUGCUGACGCACUUUAUGCAGGUAUGGGAAAAGGCAGCCUCUGCCGACCCUGCAGCGCUUCUUGGUGUCAUUCCGGUGAGUCUCGGCGUCAAUGAAAGAGUCGCUGAACUAGCGCUGCAGAGCGCUAACGUUUUUCCUCUACUUCGACUUUGCUUUCACUCGCAGAUCUCGUUCCGCCGCAUGUACGACUGGAUGCAUCUGCGUGGCUUCGAAGGCAUUGAUGCGAUUGCUUCCAAGAGUGAUUUCCAGACCUUCCUUGCGGCUUGUCAUGUCGAGCAAAAGCGACUCGAAUAUGAGGCGAUGCAUCUCUUGGCCAUGCUACGGGGCACCAUCACCGAUGACAUCUUGCACGACGCCGUCCAGAAGCUUCUCUGCGAGCUCAAGCAUUUCGCUGACGUUUUUGCCGACAGAUCGGACUCCUUUGUCACCUCGGUCAAUGUUGCGAUCAACACUCGUCAGGCUCUGAUGCGGCAGAAGCUGGGUAUCCAGCUGUACGGACUGUUCCCACGCAUGCUUCACAAAUACUGUCCCAACGAUCGCCAGCACUCGCGAUGGCUCAUUAACGCAACGCAAUUAGCUUCGAUCACUCUUUCCUACCAUCGUUCCGCAUUUGUGCAUACCGAAUGGCUGGGUGAUCAUGCACACGAUGCUUUGACCUUUGUGGAGCUACUCAAUGCCUUCGCUUGGUUGAUGCAAAUGCCGCAAAGGUCUACGAAUGCUCGUGGCGGAUUUCCCGAGCCAGUGCAAACAGCAAUAGAGGUGGGAGAGCGAUUUGCUUCAAAGUGGGCUCAACACAGCGCCAAUAUCCAAGCAACAAUCACUCGACUCGGCAAGCUUGGAGACGAACAGCCUACAUGCUCAGGGCUGACUACGCCCUGGCAAAGCGCGCCCUCACACACGAGCUCAUCGAGCCCUGAUGCGUCCUCCCCGCCCAGCCUUGAAACGCCGCACGCCAACGACGAGAUGAACGCAUACACAAGCACACUAGCCCAGCCGCUCGAGUGGCAGCAGCAAGAGUCGCAAAGCCAGAUGUGCUCGCAGGUUCAAUCCUCGGUUGGUGUUAGGCUUGAUACGAGUCUCCAUUCGACGGCUAGCGCUGUUGGUGGUGAUGGGGAAGAGGGAUGCGUCGUGUCGAUGGGGAUGCAACACAGCAACGUGUACACGUGCAACGAUGGCACGCAUAUCUACGGGCAUGCCACGCAGAAUGUACAGCAAUGGGCGUGCUCGCCUGCACUGAUGGCUUGUGUUCCUCUUGAACUACAGGAGCGUGCGACGACAAGUGCUGUACCUCUACAGCCAUCUUAUACGGUCGGGUCGACGGCAAGGAACGGCAGUUCGAACAGCAACACCACUACAAACAGCGUGUUGUGGUAUAUGGACGAUCGGGCACAUUCAAAGCCCUAA